AUUUCAUAUAUUCAAGUUUUUACCAAUAAUAUUUGUCCAACUAAUUGUACUGACUGGGCACUGACACAUUCACCAUACCAUCUUGUUACACUUGAGUUGCAAUUUUCUACAAAAUUAGUAAUUAUUCAUGUAUGCAAUACUUACUGAAAACCCAACCACUGCCUUUCAAAGGUACUGUUCCAUCUGUGUGUUUUACACAGGCCACAACAUCAUCACCACAUAUAUCGAGGGUGAUGGAGAUCCCAAACCUGCAGAUGGAGAACAAUCCCACAAUCCGCACCACCAAAACAACACAACCACAACCUCCUACGACAAACGACAAUUAUCUUUCCACCAGAAACCGCAAGGAACAAAAUGUUAGGUUAAAAAUAAGUGUAGGUCUACACUGGGUGAAACUAUCUACACAACCGGAUACAGGAAUAGUCCGGUGAAUCCGUUUCCGUGGUGCAUUCUUGAUAGUUUCGUCGUAAAAUUAAGCAUCUAAUCCGUGUAUUUAAUGACAAUAUAUAAUAAUUUCAACGCUUUAUGGGCGGAUUUAGAGGGGCGUGCGCCCUCCAAGAAUGCCAUGAUUUUUUUUCAAUAAAAUGGUAUUCCUAUA